GGCGGCGGGAGGCGUCGUUGGGCCGCCGCGUGGCCGGGAGAACUCGGAGCUGCCUUUGCCCGCCGGCUGGGAGGAAGCGAGGGACUACGACGGGCGCGUCUUCUACAUCGACCACAACACCCGGCAGACGUCGUGGAUCGACCCCCGGGACAGGAUUACAAAGCCAUUGACAUUUGCUGACUGUGUUGGCGAUGAACUGCCUUUAGGAUGGGAAACUGUUUACGAUCAACAGAUUGGUGUUUAUUACAUGGACCAUAUCAAUCAACUCACACAGAUUGAGGACCCAAGAGAGCAGUGGAGAAGAGAGCAGGAGCGCAUGUUGAAGGAAUAUUUAAUUGUUGCCCAGGAAGCACUUAAUGCCAAAAAAGAAAUCUACCAAAUUAAGCAGCAGCGUUUUGAGCUAGCACAAGAAGAGUAUCAGCAGCUGCAUAAAAUGUGUGAGGAUGACAGUCGCUCUUAUGCCAGCUCAUUCUCUGGAUUUUCAACCAAUACCAAAUACGACCCAUGUCAGAUUAAAGCAGAAAUAGCAAGUAGGCGUGACAGACUUUCUAGGUUGAAGCGGGAAUUGACGCAGAUGAAGCAAGAACUACAGUACAAAGAGAGAGGCGUAGAGACACUACAAGAGAUUGAUCGUAAGAUGUCAAAUGCCCAUAUGAAUUACAAAUUGGAUGAAGCCCAAGCAAUAAUGAAUGAGCUUCGAAGCAUCAGGAAGGCUAUUUGUAUGGGUGAGAGAGAGAGGCAAGACUUGAUGCAGAGUCUGGCCAAGCUGACAGAUGGAUUCAGGAAUAGCUGUUGUAUUACAGAAUCUCUGCAGGAUCUUCAUCAUAAUUCUAGCCCACUUAGUGACUCCAGUUUACCUCAACACUACUCUGAUGCUUGUUCUCAAACUGAUAUCAUUGGAGAGGAAUGGGCAACUAUCUCCAGCAUGUUUGGAUUUGAUGACAAAAGACGUGCUGACAAAAUAAAAUUGAGCUGGCAAUAUGAAGAGGCCAGAAAGAAGGUUUUCAGUAUCCAGCAACAGUUGGCUCAGCAUGAUCAUGAGUCUUGGCCAGGGAUGGUGGAAGCGGACAGAGACCAUCUUCAGCUCAUCAAAGAGAAAGAAGCUCUCCUACAAGAACUGCAGGUCAUAAGCCAGCAGCAGAGAUCCCCAGAAGACAUCGAUCGUUUAGAGGAGGAAAAGAGGAGGUUGGAGGAUGAAAUCCAGCAGGCUCGUGCCACUUCUUCUCAUGGUGCAGCCGAAAGGAUACUGUUACAAGAAAAGAAGAACUGUCUGCUCAUGCAGUUGGAAGAAGCAACUCGCUUAACAUCCUAUUUAUGCUCGCAGUUGAAGAGCUUGUCCGCCAGCACUCUAACAAUAUCCUCUGGAAGCAGUCGGGGGUCAUUGGCAUCCAGCCGUGGAUCUUUGGCAUCCAGCAGGGGGUCUCUCAGUUCUGUCAGCUUCACAGACAUCUAUGGUGUUCCUCAAUAUGAAAAAUCGGACAGUGCUACAGAGUAUGGGCAGCUUAUGCGAUAUGAUCCAGCUCCUGUUGAUUCUCACAGUAAAGAUGUACAGUAUAUUGAAACUAUUGGACAUUCUAGCUGCAGUAAGCAAAGAAGAUCAUUGGAUACACCUUUAUCUUUAGCAUCUCUGUCCUCACGGUCUUCUCUGUCCUCACUAUCGCCACCAAGUUCCCCUCUGGAUACCCCCUUCCUACCUCCUUCUCGGGAUUCUCCAUUGGCCCAGCGGUCAGAAGGAUAUGAGGAAAUGAUGGGAACAGGUGCCUUAGAAAUGCUCAGAGCCCAGGCCUCUAUUUUGGGUGAAGACAAAGCACAAGAAACUGUUUCAUCCAAGGCUCUUGAAUAUUCUACAGGCAGUGAAGGACUUCGAGAAGCAGGACUGCAACUGACAAAUGUUCCAACCUCUGGAGCUGUGACCCUACGUGAAGAUAGUGCUAGAAGGUCAGAGAGGAGAGCCAGGCGAGUCUCAGCAUGUCUGUCCAAUUAUUCACUGGCUAGUGACAGUGGCGUGUUUGAAGCUUUAAGCAAAAGGAAUGAGGAUAUUGAAGAAUCACUUUACAGUGAUGCUGUCAGCAGUGAAGAGCCCAAAAUGCAAGUUGGAUUUCUGCAUGACAGUGCAACUGAGUGUCUCCUGGUCCAUGUGUUGCAGCUCAAGAACUUCACAGGCUUUGCUGUGAAAGAAGGCUGUAAAAUACAUGUGCGGAUAUACUUACCAUCUCUCGAGUCGGGCACAUCAACCACCUACUGCUCCAGAGCUUUGGAAUUCCAAACUCCCUUAGUGUUGAAUGAAGUCUUCCAGAUUCCUGUACAUUCAAAUAUUUUGAAGCUGAAAUCACUACAGCUUUAUAUCUGUUCAGUUGGCCAUCACCAGCAAGAAGAAUUGUUGGGCAUUGCUCAGAUUAGCCUAGCUGACUAUGAGAGCUCCAAUGAAAUGCAGCUUCACUGGUACCCCAUCCAGAUAUUCACUGGUUCAGACUGUGAGCAGACGAAAGACAGACCAAAAUGUGAAGAAAGUGCUUCUCAGAUUUUCGAAAACAAAGCUACAAUGAAAAUGGAUGCUGUGACUGCCCUUUUAGCUAGGACCACAGCUCAACUGGAAGCCGUGGAGAGAGAAUUAGCAGAGGAGAGAGUAAAACUGGAGUACACAGAAGAGGAAAUUCUAGAGAUGGAGCAAAAGGAAGAUCAACUAGAAGCUGUGUCAGAGAGAAGUUGGCAAGCAGAAUCAGUUGACAGUGGAUGUAGUAAUUGUAUGCAGACUAGUCCUCACCCAGAGUCUUACUGCAGUGAAUCAUUACACAGUCAUAUGCUUGCACCUCAAACAGAUCAGUGUACUUCUAAAAAAGUCCCGCCUCCACCUCUAAAGGUAGAUAAGGAGACCAACACAGAAGAAACAGCUUUGCUUCAUAAAAACAGAACUGGCCGUCGAUCCCGUGGGUCUGCUUUUGUUCGUAGUAGCACUAUUGUUCGCUCACAGACAUUCUCACCUGGUGCACGAAGUCAGUAUGUUUGCCGACUAUAUCGUAGUGACAGUGACAGUUCUACUCUGCCGAGAAAGUCUCCAUUUAUCCGAAAUACUUUGGAAAGACGUACGCUGCGUUAUAAGCAGCAAUCCUGUAGAUCAUCUUUGGCUGACCUUAUGGAGAGGACGUCACUAGACCUGGAGCUGGAUCUCCAGGCAUCCAGAACAAGGCAGAGGCAGUUGAACGAGGAAUUAUCUAUCUUGAGAGAGUUGCGGCAGCGCCUGGAGGAUGCCCAGCUUAGAGGUCAAACUGAUCUGCCUCAUUGGGUGCUUCGGGAUGAACGAUUUCGAAACUUGCUGAAGGAAGCGGAGAGGCAGACAAGACAGACCAAAUUUGAACAUCGUCAACAACAAGCAGCAGAAAAAUUGCUUAAAAAGGCAUCCAAAGAAGUUUACCAGCUACGUGGUCAAAACCAGAAGGAGCCUAUUCAGGUUCAGACCUUCCGGGAGAAAAUAGCGUUCUUCACAAGACCAAGGAUCAACAUACCUCCUCUGCCGGCUGAUGAUGUAUGACAUGUUACGUUGUAAACAUGAAGUAUUUAUCUGCCUGUUUAAAAUGAAGUUAUUAAACUAGUUAAGUUUAUUUUUUAAAAUCGUUGUGCAAAGACUAUUAAUAUACACAUUUUGUAAAAAAAUAAUAAUAAAGUAAACAAAAACAUAUAUAAAUAUAUAUACGUCUAUAUAUAUUAUAAUAGUGACUGCAGCAAGGCUUGGUUUUUCCUUGUUGUGAAAUUGACAUCUCGGAAGACAACUUAUUUUAUAUUAAAAAAAAAAA